AUCUUCCACGAAGCAUAGCGUAGCCACUGUUGUCCUCUUCUCCUCUCCCAUCAAUUACGCGCAAUAAAUACGGUGCUGAGGCUGGGUUCCAUGUUCGUUGCUCCUCGGCCUACAACUCACCCCUUUGAAGCUGCGAAGAAAUCUCCCAUGGGCGAUUCCAAGGAGAGUGAUGGUGGUAGCGGCGGGUGGAUGUCGGUGCCGGCGUUUGGGGAGUGGGACAUGAAGAACGGGGUGCCGGACUACUCCAUGGACUUCACCAAGAUCCGGGAGAUGCGGAAGCAGAACAAGAACACCUCCCGCGCCAGCCUCGGAAACGACGACGAGCUCCGAUCCGGCACCACCAACAAGGAGGAGCAGGAGGCGCCACGCCACAGCCUUCCCGAGCCCGACCUACGCCGCCCCAUCCACCACCACCACGGCUCACCCACCGGGAGGAAGAAGUUUAUGGGCUACUUCCAGUGCUGUAUAGGAGCAUGAAGCAGUGGCCGUCUGCGUUCACGUAGAAUAGUUUGUGGGUUGCGUGUUUCUCGGUCUGCCCUGCACACUUUGGGUGGCCUUAUUACCUUGUUGCUAUUGGCUAAGAAAAAAGUUGUAUGUUGUUGGAAUCUUAACUAUUAAGUGCCACUAUGCGUGCCA